AGUUAUUUAGAGCAUAGCGAGAUAUCCAUCCGGGCCUUCGCAAUAAUAUUUUUCCCAGCAAACCGCAAUGAUAAUAUAUAGCCGAGACAUAGAUUAUGUGAUUUCGUCGACAAAAUGGAAGUGUUUACUUCAGCGGAGUGGGUGCUGAUUCAGAAUCGAUGUCUAAAAUGAAGAAGACAUUGAAUAGGGUGCUUACAAAAUUUGAGCAACUGAAAGCACCUCUAAACACCGACUGUGGGGUGGAAGAAACACUGCGCACGGACCAUUUCCAAGUGUGCAAGACGGUCAGGUAUGGAUUUCCCUAUGAGCCAACAUCAGUUGCCUUCGAUCCAGUCCAGCAUCUCUUGGCGAUUGGCACAAAAUCGGGGUCGCUACGAAUAUUGGGGAGGCCUGGAGUGGACAUCCACUGUAACCAUGGGCAGGAGGUUGCCGUGAUACAGAUACUGUUCCUUAUCAACGAGGGUGCACUGGUCACAGUAUGCUCAGACGACAGUAUUCACCUUUGGAAUUACAGACAGAAGAGACCAGAAAUUGUGCACACACUAAAAUUCCAAAGAGAGAGGAUCACCUACUGUCACCUGCCCUUCACCAGUAAAUGGCUGUAUGUGGGAACUGAGAGAGGAAACGUCCACAUCGCUAACAUUGAGUCUUUUACCCUGUCUGGUUAUGUCAUCAACUGGAACAAGGCCAUUGAACUUUCAAGGAAGACACAUCCUGGUCCAGUGGUCAGUCUGACAGACUGCCCAAUUGACCCCAACAAGUUGCUGAUCGGAUUUGAGACGGGUACCAUUGUCUUAUGGGAUUUGAAGAGUAAAACAGCAGAGUGCAGAUUCAACUUACCAGAGGCCCUGCGAUCUGUCUCCUGGCACCAUGAAGGCAAACAGUUUAUGUGUAGUCACACAGAUGGCAGCCUCACUACAUACAACAUCAAACAGCCACAGAAGCCAGUCAGCGUCAUGAUGCCACAUGCUCAGAUGGGCAAAGAUGGCAAACUCAACCCAUGUAAACCAAUAACUAAAGUGGAGUGGAAGUCGGUGAAAAAUGGGGAGCCAUUGAUCAUCUUCUCCGGCGGAAUGUCCUAUGAUCGUGCUGGCAGAACACCCAGUAUCACUGUCAUGAAUGGCAAAAGCACCACAGCCCUGGAGAUGGAGCAUAAUAUUAUAGACUUUGUGGUGCUUUGUGAAACACCAUGGCAGAAUGACUUUCAAGAGCCCUAUGCCAUUGUGGUUCUACUGCAGUAUGACCUUGUGGUGGUGGAUUUGACCUCCCAGAACUACCCCUGUUUUGAGAACCCCUACCCCAUGGACAUUCACGAAUCACCUGUUACAGCAUGUCAGUAUUAUGCAAACUGCCCGCCUGAUCUCAUUCCUGCAUUCUACUCAGUGGGGUCUUCUCGCCAGAAACGCACAGGAUUCAGUGAAAAGUCUUGGCCAGUGAAUGGUGGAGAGUGGGGGACAUCGACCUGUAGUUACCCUGAGAUCUUUAUCACUGGACAUGCAGAUGGAUCGUUAAAAUUUUGGGAUGCAUCCUCAGUGACAUUACAAGUGUUAUAUAAACUAAAAACUGCCAAAAUGUUUGAGAAACCAAAAAAGCGAGAGGAAUCCCGCAGUGAAAACCGUGACAGUGUGGGGGACAAUCCAAAAAACGGUUCUGAGUCGAUGGACCCCGACCCGUUUGCAGUGUAUUUAAUACAUUUGUGUACAGAAUCUAGGAUUUUAUGCUUCGCUGGAGCCACUCAUUUAGCACUGUGUAGAUUUUCAAAACAGGAAUUAAAUGUGGAAGUGCAGAGUUUAGAAUUUUCCAUUAUUUAUCAUGAUUUGUUUGAUGAUAUGGAGUCCCCCGACAUAGAGAACCAUUACCGGCCAGGCUUAGGGGUGGUAGCACAGUUCCAAGGGGGAAGCAGGGAGUCAUACUCAAGCAACGCAUCGGACCACAGUUCAAAGCAGGAAACUUGGACAGCGGUAAAGGUGCGACCGGGCAGUAGAAAAUACUCAGCUGGUUACUACCCGGACCUGGUCUGUGUGUUACAGUGGUUAGAAAGUAAGGAGCCCGGGGAGGGCAAGGAGCACCCGGGCAAUAUCACCUUCAUCUCCAUGAAUUCCACCUAUGGCCUAUUGGCCUUUGGAAAUGAGUCUGGGUUGGCAAUAGUUGACUAUGUACAAAGAACUUGCCUGCUAAAUUUAGGAACUCCGGAUUUGUAUGUUUUUGAUAGUAACACAGAAGGUUCUAUGGAUCCGUACAAUCGUGGACCGAGGUCACCGAGAAACAGGAAGUUUCCCACGGACGGCUCGGGCACGGAGGAUGGGGCACGAUCCCCCACAAACGAUCAGUCUAGUCCUCCAUCAAGUCCUAAUUUAAUCGUAAAAACCCGGAAAAAACACUCGCAUGAAAAGCUAGUCCCCAUGCAAGCAAUUCAUGAGAGACUCUCUCAAGAAAUUGACGAUUCGGUGAAUCCACAGGAAAAAAAUAAUAAUGUCAGUGAUGCCGUUGAAGUUGGAGUUCCUGCGGAGGAGUUGGACAAUAUUGUCAAUAAUUUAGAGGAAAAUUAUGUUGAGGAAGGCAUGAGGAAUCAGUUGCAGUGCUUUAGCAAAUCUUCGUCAGGGAUACAUUUAGAACGAGCUGCAUCUGUUCCAAGUCCUCCGACUGAAGUGCAAGAGGGAAUCUCGAAAGCAUUGUCUGAAGGAGCAAUUUCAAAAAGUGUUCAGAAGAAACUUGCUGCCAAGACUGUAUCUGACCCUUCGCAACAUAACAGCAUUCGCAAUGAAAAUGACAACAGUAAAAUAAGUAGACCUCGCUCAUCUUCUGAUCCGGAUGCCGAUAUUUCAAAUUUGAAAAGUGUUGAACAAAGCACUGAAACCAAUACUCGACACAAUAAAAAGAGGCGCGUUUCUCUGACGACUCUGACAUUCAAGAAAAACAAACACAAAAAUAAAAAUAAAGAAAAACAUUCAUGUGACUCGAGUGAUGGUUGUGAGCAGACAGGAAAAUCAGAUGACGAAUGCAAGUCCGUUCAUCCCCGGGUACAGGACAUUCUGAGUGACGAGCAUUCCGACAGCGACAUAGACGAACAUCCUCCGCCCAAAAGCUUUCUCAGAAGAAUGAGUGUCAAAGUGAAAAAUAUUGUCAUGGGAAACGAGAAAGAAGAGAAGAAAUUCAAAGUAGAUAUCAUUGAUUUAUCAAGUGACCAGGGGAAGGUCUGCUAUGAGAGAGCGACCGUGGAUGAACUUCAGAAUGCAAUUUUACCUGUUUUCCUUAAACCAGAGAACUGUGAUAGAAAUGACACGUCGUCCUUCUCACGGUCAAGGAGCUCCAGUAUGUCCAGUCUGGAAAAUGUGUCCAGGGAAGCGAUCCAGUCGCUAGUGUUCUCAGAUUCCUACACCGGCAAAACAGAUAACUUCACCUGUCCGUGUUUGUGGGUGGGAACCAGUUUAGGGUCAGUGAUUGUAAUAGUUCUGAAUCUACCUCCCCCAGGACAGCAGCGAUUGGAUCAGCCGGUCAUUGUGUCCCCCAGUGGUACAAUGUUUAGGUUAAAAGGAGCAAUACUCACCAUGUCUUUCCUUGAUUGUAAUGGGGUGCUAAUUCCUAGUGUGUCUGAGCAGUGGCGAGACAACAUCGGCAAAGAGAAAGAGAAACAAACAUAUAGGCAAAACACUGUGUCUCAAAAACCAAAAAUCUCACCAACAUCCUCGACAGACUGCAAUGGCGACAAACAAUAUGUUGUGAUAUGCUCAGAAAAGCAAGCGAGAGUGAUAUCCCUUCCCUCCCAGCAGUGUCCGUACAAGACUAGGAUAACGGAGUCGUCGUUCGUCGUGCGGGCGGACGUCGUAUCUCUAAGAGAUUCAGCCUGUCUGACAUGCUAUGUGGCUAACGGCCGGAUCAUGGCGUUCAGCUUACCCAGUCUCAAGCCUCUUCUGGACAUUGAUUUCCUACCGCUGAAUGAUGUCAGGAUUGCGCGGACCUUUUGUUUUAGCAGCAAUGGACAUGCUAGUUAUCUGUGUUCUGCUACGGAAAUUCAAAAAAUUACAUUUUCUGCUGAUUUGAGUGAUAAUCUGAAUGAGAUGCUAGGAGAAUUGUUUAAACCUUGUGAUACACCAGACGCUCCUAAGCAAGGCUUCUUUAAGAACUGGUUUGGAUCAGGACAAACUACGCUGGACCGAGAGGAGUUGUUUGGUGAGUCCAGUGGCAAGGGGCCUCGAGGUCUAGCUACCAGGCUGCAGGGGAAGGGGAGCAUGCAGUACGUUCAGAAUCAGGCUUCAAGUGGCACUUCAGCGGUAGCAAUAGCUCAUAAGAACUUCAUUGAAAGAGGUGAAAAGCUCGGAGAACUCGGAGAGCGAUCAGAGAUGAUGCGAGAUCAUGCUGAAAACUUUGCCUCUGACUCCAGAGCACUGAUGUUAAAAUACAAAAACAAAAAAUGGUAUCAGUGGUAACAGCUACAGAAGUAGGCGUUUCUCACAACAGCCAAUGAGGGUGUUAAACACAACAGCCAAAUUGUGUUCUUCACUGGAAUAAGCAUGAAACCCAUCAUGUCCAUUCAUGGAAGUGACAAAAUACUGUGACAGAUCAUCAUCUAUUUGGAUAGAGACUGAAAAUGGAUAAAUAGAGGUGGAGUGGGGAGGUGGAGAUUUUUCCACUGUGAGUGGAAUUGAUCAUGGAGUGUCAGAGGUGUUUAGUAUCAAAGAGGGAUGAGCGUAGAGGAUUAAAUUACGUGGCCACAUUCAUGCUGCUCGUUGUCAGUGGUGGCGCUUUCAAAAUAUUCCAUGUAGAGAUUUACUGUUCUAGCUGUCCAUCUUAUCUUAGUUUUCAAAUUAUUUGUUUUCAAUGGUCAAAAUUUAUCCACGAGGACUUGUACUCAAUGGAGGGUCAAGAAGAAUCAUUCGUAGUGUUUUAGUUUAUCUUUUACACAGCUGUCAUGUGCAAUAUUUGUUUUUGUUGAGAUAUUGUCUAUAAAUAUAUUGUAUUCUAUUUUCAAAGUGAUAUUAUCAUUUUCGCUCUUUGAGGAAGUAUUUUUUAUUUGUAUUUCUACGACGUAAAUGCAACGGAUAGUGUCCAAGACAAUAUUGAAAUAUUUAUAACCACAAUAGUUUAUUACAUUAGAUGGUGGUAAUUGGUAAAACUCUAGUUUUUCAUUAGUUGAAGUUUUUAUCCUAUGCGAAGCAUAUUAACUAGUAAAUGUUUAAUGUAUUUAACGAUCGUUGUUAAGAGUCUCACGUAUUCCAGCUCUUUAUGUCCUGAAGAAGAAAUUAUUUUCGUAUCUUUCCUUAUGGAUACAGAAACCAUGAAUUGUGUUACUUUGAAUUAGAAAGUGAAAUUAAUCUAGGUGUAAUUUUUGAAACGGUGUGGUUAAUAGUCAGUGGAGUCAAAGUUCAGGAGAAUUGUAAGUGUGCCUAAGUGGGGGAAAAACAGGGAGUUUGAAUACCUAUUUCAUAAAUUAUUUCAUUAUUUCGAUAUGAUUUAUGGCGUGAUUGUACAUAUAUAAUUAAAUGAACACAUGUACAUAAUAAGCAUAUUUAUAUGUAGCAUAAACACUUGGUAAACAUGUAAAUAUCUAUACAUGUACAUGUAUUUUUUCAUUUGUAAAUAGUGUAUGCCUCUGGUCCCAAGGAAAUAAAUUAGGCUUUCCCAGCUGUCCAGCCCUGUUUUUAUGUGGGUUACAUCCCAUGGUUUAUUUUGGUUUCUCUGUGUUGUUCGCGAGAUCCAUGUUUAUGUAUGUGUAUAUCUUAAAAUGUUAGAAUUUUGGUUUAAUUUCUAGUUUACAAUUGUGUAAAUAUCAUGCUCAGAAUCAAGAUGAAAAUAAAUACAAAAAUAGACCGGCUAGAAUUUAUCAUAAUUAAAUUCUAUUUUCUUCCCUUCCUUGUAAGAUAAUCACUCUGGAUCAUCGAUAGGUGCAGAUAGCAAUUCACUCGCUCUCAUUCAGCUGAACUCUUUGUUAUUUAUGCGCAAAAAACAUGUAAACUAUGUAGAUUUCAGUGUCAAAAUAUUUAUAUAUACAUCUAUUUAUUUCUGAAUUUACUGGUUAUGGGGUAUUAUUUUGCUCUGUAGAAUUAAGUUUCUGAACUCGAUAUUCAUCAGGGUUGCUGUAUACGGUUAAGAAUAAUCAACUGAGAAGUUAAUUGUGUACAGGCAAACACCCUGGAUGAUAAAUAAUUCAUAUCGCAGGCUCUUGAAAGUUUUUUAUUUCAUUAAAUGUUUUGGUUUACAUUUCUGAAUCAUUCAAAAGAAACAAAUACAUCAUGUGUAUUGAUACCCAUUAAACUAUUGCUCAUUGUGCUCUGACUAAUGUUUUUCAUUUUAGAUGCAUUCCAAACUAUUUUUGUUCAUGCAUUGUUUCACAUGAUCUCACAGUUUUCAUUCUUUAUCAGAACAAAUACUUUGUUGUUAUCUUUUUUCCACUGUGUUCUUUUUUUUUUUUUUUUUUUUUACUUUGUUGGCAUUACCUGUAGUUUUGAGAGAGAAAGGGAGAGAGAAAGGGAGAGAGAUUGGGAGUCCAUUUGCUCGUAAAUCUAAAGAUUUAUAUCCAAAUCAUCAUUUCAAGAUGGAAUCCAGCAUUGUUUUUGUCAUAAUUCAUGUUGGGUAUCUUUUCAUUCCUUGAAGACACAAAGGUACAUUUAUUGAAAAUUCUGUGUAAUGUUCAAUAACUUUAUAAUCAUAACUUUGAUUUUAUGAGAAACAGUCUUAUUACAAAAUGCAUGAACCAAAGCAUGCAGCACCUGUCAUAGAUAAUGUAACAAAGUUCUGUGGAAUUGGAAAAUUGUAUAAAUUUGACCUUGACACCACAAUUCAAGGUUAUGUGGUAUGGCUGUGUCCUUGUUAAGUAUCAGUUGUGAUAUUGUUGAAAAUUAGUACGACGCUGUCAAGUAUGUAGAAAAUAAACUCUAAUAUAAUUGCA